UUCGUUCCUUUCCCAUUCACGUUUUUUUGAACAAAAUGAGCUCGAAUUGCGUGGUAGUACAUAAUAUUUCUAAUGAAGUUACCGAGAAACAAAUCUCUGAUUUCUUUUCUUUCUGCGGAAAGGUUGCUGAUAUUUCGUUAAAGAGUGAAGGAACAACUCAGACGGCCACUAUUGAGUUUGAACGUGCUAGUGCUACGAAGACCGCACUGCUCCUCCAGGAUGCCGUGCUUGGAACGAACAGAAUUCAAGUUGUAAAGGCUGACUCUUCAAAAGGUUCUGUAAGUUCCUCGGAGGAGGGAACACCUAGUGACACAGCUACUACUCAGGAAGAGAAGCCCCGUGCUGCUAUUUUUGCAGAAUUGCUCAGCCGUGGAUAUCACUUGAGCGAUGUCACGAUUGAAAAGGGUCUUGAACUGGACCAGAAGCAUGGCGUUUCCUCUCGAUUCAAGGGCUUGCUUGAGUCAGCCCUUGCUGGUGUAAAAAAUAUGGACGCUAGAUACCAUGUAUCUGAGAAGGCGAACGAAAUUGAUAACAAGUUGUCUAUUUCAAACCGGUUCCAUCGGACAGCAGCAUUUUUGAAUGGUUAUAUUCAAAGAGCUAUGGAUACUAAUGCUGGUCAAAAGGUUCAAUCUGCUUUCAAUGAGGGUCGUAGCCAUAUUCUUGGCAUCCACAACGAAGCACGCCGUUUGGCUGACUUGAAGGCAGGAAAAACUGUUCCUGAUGCUACAACUGCCAAGGACGAGACACUUGGCGCUGCUGCCGUUGAAGGCGAGAAAGCAACUAAAGCAACGACGGCAGAGUCCGCUCUUCCCGCUGCUGAACCGGUUAUUACCUCCUCGGGCACACUGGCAGAGGCCGACGCGCACGGUGCCGCCGAAAAAUCUGAAAAGACGGCUUUAGACGCAAAACCCGCUGCCACGGACUAGAUUGGUUUGUUUUGCCAGUUGCUCGUUCGCUUCAUUGCUAUGUGCAUAGACUUUAAGCAGUACAAGUUCUGCUGGUCCUUUUGUCAUCAUUGAUGAGUCGUUACAAUAUUUAUUUUAAAUAGUUUUGAGAAGUUCUACAGUUGCCUACUGUUAGUUUAAUAAUGUCUACGCUCUGUUUAUUGCCUUUCGCCAAUUAGCAUAGCCAGCCCACAAGUUUGUCUGUGCAAACGUUUAUUACUAGUACAGCCUAGCAACAUACAAUAUUCUCUGUUACAGCCAAGGUGUA